AUGCCCUCAUUUCCCACUACGCCCUUGGUGCGGCCUAGGGAAGAUGGCUUGCAGAUCAGCUAUCCGCUCUCCCAUCGCAUUCACACAGCAAAAGGCUACCCACUUCGAGCUCCGAAUGGCUCCUCGAUCAUCAUUUACGGUUAUGAUACUGGAUUAAAAAUUGUCUGGAGAGGAGGGAGACGGUUUGCAGAACCAAAGCUGACUCGGCCUCAAGCGAAGCCCAAGCCAGCAGGAAGUAAUGCGGAUUCCGAUUCAGUCAUGAUUAUUGACUCCGAUGACGAGGACCCUCAACCAGUACAAGAAGAGCCUGUGGUUGAAUUCAGUCUAGAGGAAAGCGAGGUUGACCCUGCUGCUCCGUACGAAGAGAUUCUGCGACAAAUUGAUAUUCCCCUUGGAAGCCAGGUGCUAGAACUGGCGGUGCCCCGUGUUCUCCCCGAGGAAGCUCGCUCGCCUUUAGACCCCUUCCCACCUAUACUGAGAAACACAAUUGUUGUGUCGGUAGUUUGUUCAGACCUGUCAACAAAAGUUGUGACUCUACCACUUGUGCCUCCUCACCCUACGCAGACGGAUUCAAAAAGCUGGCGUAUCCAAACCCUUUCGAUCAAUGGGGCCACCACUCAUCAAGAUAUUCCACGUGGUGUAUCUAUCACAUUCACCUGUCAUGAAUUUGAGGAUGAGCAAGACCAGCGAAAGUCGCGGGGCCGAUUUGGAAAUUUUGGUAAAUGGGAUCUGCUUGUGGCCACGCAUUCUGCAGAGGGGUGCGGCGUGCUGUUGCUGCACCGGAUUCCGAUCCGCGAGGAAUCUUCUUUGCGUCUCGUGGAAGAGGACAUUAUCUCUCAACGGCGCCUCUUGCCGGCACCUGCACAGACGAUUGCCUUCAACCCAUCCACAUGGCCAUCCGCCCGCCAUGCCAACCUGCUUGUCGCAUUCUACAGCGGAUGUGUGAAGAUUUAUUCCUGCUUUGUUAAAAAGGCCUCGAGAUCUUUGCGACGGGCUUCGAUGCCAGUAGAAGAAUAUGAAACUAUCGACACGGAAGGUCGCUGGUUGAUCAGUUUGUACCCCGGUUUUGAGCAAGGGCCCGGCGGACUUCCCCGGCGGAAGAGAAUCAUUGAUGCCGACUGGGUGCUCGGCGGCCGAGCAGUUAUGGUGCUUCUCGAAGACGGCGAAUGGGGCGUAUGGGAUAUCGAAGGUGCCGGUCCUGGGGCUGUCAAGGGCCCGCUGCAACGUCAGACGAGUGUCCAAGGUGUGACUGGCGGUUCCUUGACAGCAUACGCUGUCUGCGGUCGUAUUAUGACACCACUUUCCAACACCAACUCCGAAACAGAGCAUCGACCCCGGUUCGCGCCUAUGACACCAUCCACAAGGCGUGUACGUGAAGAUGGAUUGCUGAAGGGAUCGAUGAGCACAGCCAGUCCGUCUCACCGUGGCCAAAUCUCUGUCUUGCAGACAAAUCCAUCCUCGGACGUAUUGCCUGACGAGUCGAUCCUGCUCCGUCACGGCCGCCAGAGCGCGGUCAUCACGAGCUUACUGUCUCUGUGGCGCAACGCUGUCAAAACCGCCGGCACUUUUGAUUCCUCGAACCGAUGCCGCGUUUCUCCUUUCCAGGACGUGAAUUUGAUGGGCCAGAACUUCCAAGCAAUUGGACACAUACCUGCACCGGCACGCCGAUCCCGGCAAGCGCUGCGGCAAGUCUGGGAUGUACUCGUGGCAGCAGAGCAUCAGAUUAUGAUUCUCGCCCCGAAGUUGACAGAAUCCAUCGAGGAAAGCCUGCCCGUAGUGAAACAGGAAGAAACAGAAGAGACCGACCAGCUGAUGCUCCAACGAGGCGAACUGGAUGUGGAAGGAAUGGGCCGCCUACUGAAUGGUAUGGCCGGCGGAAACGCGUCUAUGCGUAUGGGCAGCCCUGUAAAGCGGACUCGCGUGUUCGCCUGA